GGACGUCAAUCACUGCAUUCAAAUAACAGUAAAAGGAACACUCCUCCCAGACUGUUUAAUUACUUCCGGAGGAUUCCCUUUUCUGGGCUUGCUGAUGAAUCUGGAGCAUCGGGCUCUUUUACACCUUCCGCCAAUUCUAACGACGGGCCCACGGGCACCGAAUCGUGGAAACCAUCGAGACAACGUGUGAUUCUCAGGCAGACAUCUGGUUUAUGAAAGGGGGGAAAAAAAACAAUAUUAACUGCCUCAGCUACACUCAAUCUAUCCGGACAUCGAUAUCCUAAAAAGAGCAAGAGACAGAGCUAUACGAUCACAGAAUCCCGCCCCAAGCACAACACCCCAGCAUCCACCGGAUCACUUUGCAAUGACAACCAACAGCAAUAUAUCUUCAGAUGGACUUCUCCCGACAUCGCCUCUAAUCCGAGAUCACCCCAACUCCCCCAGUUCAGGGUCAGCGCACCCACCAUGGAGCCGGCCACGCGCUAGUCUAAGCCGUGGAAGACGGGCCUCACCUUCCUUUUCCCUCUCGGCCUCCAUUAGCACCCGCGACAGAGUUAUCAACCGUAUAGAGAGAACUUGGGGUAGGAUAUCCAAAAUAUGGAUCACGUUGACGAUAUGGCAAAAGAUUGCGGCGGUGAUCGCCUCGCUGCUACUAAGUGCACUUGGGGUCGGCUUCAUGAUACUCUCGGGACAUAUUUUCAUCUGGUUGGAACCGGUAGCGGCGGAUUUUGAGAAGUCUGCGCUGGUAUAUUUUAUAGUUUGGCUCUGCACCUUUAUAGUGUCAUUUCCACCUCUAAUCGGCUGGUCGGCCGUUGGAACAGUGUCUGGAUUCAUCUUCGGUGUCUGGAAAGGUUGGGCGAUAUAUGCUGCUGGAACUGUUGUUGGGUCGACAUGCUCCUUUAUGCUAUCCCGGACAGUCCUUUCCAAGUUCGUACACCGCCUGGUGCAGCAUGACAAGCGCUUUGCAGCUCUUGCAUUGACGUUGAAGUAUGAUGGGCUCAAACUUCUUUGCAUGAUACGUUUAUGCCCAUUGCCUUACUCGAUAUGCAAUGGAGCCAUUUCGACUUUCCCAACUGUGCACCCGCUCAUGUAUGGACUAGCCACGGCCAUCAUAACACCAAAACUUUUGGUGUCCGCAUUCAUCGGAAGUCGGCUACGAAUUCUUGCACAGAGUGGGGAAGAGAUGAGUGCUGGCACAAAGGCGGUUAAUAUUAUUAGCAUCGUCGUUGGUGUUUGUGUUGGCAUAUUUACAGGAUGGUACAUAUACAAACGCACCCUCGCCCGUGCCGCCGAACUGGAAGCCGAGGAACGAGCCAUUGCUGCUCAGGCAACUACCGACUCUUCACAACUUCCUGCACCCGGCUCCUUCGUCGACAAUCCUGACGAGUUCGGACGCGACGAAGAAGAGGGAUUGGGCUUUGGCAACGGUAUAACUGAUGACAUAGACAAUGAUAACACAGCAAUAGAUACGACCGCUUACCGCGACGAAUUUACAGACAAUGAUUCCGACGUUUUUGGGGCCGGGGAUGGGUAUGACGGGGCCCAGGAAACGUAUAGUUUACAUCGGCAUAUAUGAUGCAUGUAUGGCUGUGCUUUGGCUUCGGCUAUAUAUCGGCGUAUAGAAUUGCUUCUAUGGAGUGGUUUAGAAUACAUAAAUACUUCGGCUGGUGGCUUGGUUAACAACGGGUCUGGCAUUAUUUGACCCCCUGGCUCGGAUACUAAUUACUACCUAGCGGGGCCUUGACAAAAGGUCA